UCUGAGAACGGCCAGUGUGGUUCGGCAACUGGCCAGACAUGCGCCGGCUCCGUCUUUGGCUCUUGCUGCUCUCUGUACGGGUACUGUGGAAGUACUGACAUUUACUGUUUGACUACGGAGGGCUGCCAGCCUGCUUAUGGCGAAUGCACUACCCCU